AUGUCUGUGUUUCUUGAAAUUUUACGAUGCAUUCCUUGUUGCGAUGACGAAUUUCAUCAUGGUGAUUAUGACGAGACUUCUCAAAGAGACCCUUUCCUUCAGUCAGCUUCUUAUGACAUUUCUGUUAGGAGCAAUUCUGCUCGUAGUUGUAAUCAUCUUCAACGCCGAUCUGAUCCCAAAAUUUAUUAUUACGAAUUUUACCCAAAUCUACCAACUAGUAGCAAAUCAACUGCAAAACAGCCUAAUAAUGCGUCAUUUGAAUCAAAAUACAAUAACAAGCCACUGAAAAGGGCUGGUGAAGUAUCUCAAACUUUAAGCAGCUCCUCUUCAGCUAAACAGACUCCACCUUCAGUUAAUCCUUCUGUAUCAUCUUCUAAACCAUGUUCAUCAUUCUCUUUCACAACAUAUUCUUCAAAACCACUUUCUUCGCCGCCAAAAGCCUCUUCAUCUUCUACACAAUCAUCAUCAUUCUCUAAAACUCCAUCAUCUUCUCAGAAGCCGUCUCUGUCUUCAACUGGAGCUCCUCCAUCUUCAUCUAAUCCGUGUCAUCUUCUAAACGAUAUUCAUCAUUCUCUAAUUCCACAUCACAUUCUUCUAAACCACUUUCUUUGCCACCAAAAGCCUCUUCAUCUACUACAAAAUCAUUAUCAUUCUCUAAACCCCCGUUUAGUCUUAGUGGAGUAA